UCUAUUGAAAUAUAUAGAUUUGUUGUUGCCGCCAUGGAGGUGCAGAGCUGGGCAGUGAUACAGUUAAUUAUUAUAAUGUGACUAGUGUGCAAUUAGUCCAUAAAAUAUUUGGAAAGCAGACUAGUUCCUGUUAUGUAAAGAAAUUGAGUCUACUUUAUUUAUCAGUACAUAAAUAUUAAGAUAUUAUAUAGCAAAAGGUGACCUGGCAAAUAUGCAGCGGUCACUGGUGAUGGUUGUGGAGCGGCCAUUCUGUUCUUAUGGCUGGAGGAGCAAGUCUUAUUUAGGAUUAAGGUCCUUCUAUUUCACUCAGACUCCCAGUGUGAGGGCUAUACACAGCCCCAGUGUGGUGUGCUGUUCAAACCGUGGAAAGACAAGUGACGCUCAAAUAUAUGUGUUGCAAAUGACGGGACACAUUAGGUCAUGCCGUCAUAUGUGCAGCUCAACAAAACCACCGGGAAGUAAACAAACUAGUGACGAACCUGAGCAGAAACAAUCACAUUCAAACGAUGGUUCACAAAUGCCGAGUGGAAUGAAAAUAACUAAUUAUAUCCGUGAGAAAAAUCCUGAGGUUUAUUCUCUGGGACAGCAAAUAUCAGAAAAGUCAUCAUCGUUAAUUAGCAGCUUACGGCAGACGAGCAUCACUGCACCGGCAGGCGAAGCCGGCACAAAAAAACCUGAAGACUGGAAUGACAUACUAAAUCGCUGGUACCAACAAUAUCAAGACUUUAUUGGUAUAACUUCUUUAAAAACUGCACAGGACAGGGUUACAGAGCUGUCUGAAGUUUUGCAUGGAGUGCAGAGUAAACGGCGGGAGCUGCAAGCAGAGAUUGAAGACAUCCAAGAGAAACAGGUCGUCAACCAUGAUCGCAUCAAUAAAACUGAACUUUAUUCUAAGGAGCAUUUUACGUUAUUAGAACAGGCCCGUCAGUGGAAUGAUCAGUUGAAGGUUGUACGUUCAGACUUUGCACAAUGUGAACGGCUGGAACGUGACACCUUUACACAAAUGUCAGCUGCUAUACGUGAUUGUCAUGAACAGGAACGCAUGCAGGCGGAGCAGAGCAAAUACUGGUCAAUCAUCGCAUCGGUGGUAUCGGCGGCUCUGGCAUCCCUCAUCACCUCGGUCAACAACUGGGUAAGGAUCAGAGAGAUUAAAGAUCAUGUGACCAGUAAAGGCCAACACCUGCUGGAUGGCUUCCAGCAGAUGCACCAGGAUGUACUGGACACCAUCAAGGCAUUACUUGCUACUACCGCUCACCCACAACCUGAACGUGGUAAUCCAGCUGGCACUGUUCAGGCAUUGUUUUCCAUGGCUGAAAAUGAUUCACCAGUAUCACCAAAUACCACACAAACAAAGAACAGCACCAGUACUCUCCUUGAAACAAAGCAGCACAAUGGAGACAUUAGUGGACCAUUGCCAGCCAAAGUAACAAAGGAAGAUGUAGUGCAGCUAACUGAGGAACUGAGACAAAAAAUUUUAGACCAAAUAAAUGAGAAUCUUGCAAAAGAGAGGAAGCUACUUCUGGAACAGAUGAAUGAAAAGCUCAAGGCUUAUCUUAGCCAUGUAGUGUCAGAGGGAGAUAGAACUCGUGACGAAAUUGUUUCCAUGGUGAAGAUUUUGACAGAAGCAGUGUCUUCAUCUUUAGAGACCAAUAGGCAGAGUAUAUCAAUGAGUGAGGAGCACCAAGAAGCUCCCGUGGUUGUUGUAAACUACAGUUAUGGUCGUAUAGCCACAGCAAUGGCUGUUGGGGCAGGUAUCGGCACUCUGGCCACAGCGUUUGCAUUAAAAGCUUUCGGAGGCUCAGGAGUAUGAUGUUAUUCUAAAAUAUAGUCUUCUAAUUUACCUGUUAUAUAGUACUGUACAUUGUUUUACCUUUAUUUGUAAUUACCUGGUUUUGUAGUAAAAGUUCGAAAUUUA